UUUCGCGCCUUGUGGUCUCCUCUAAUGGGUUGCGACACCUGCAUCCUCUGCGCUCACUCACCUUUUCUCACAACGGUUCGUCGCCCCUUCAAACAUCGAAGCUUCUCCCAAAAAACCAUCUCUUGCUUUGUUAAUCAACCCACCAAAGCAACCACUCACAAGGUCCGUCGAUGGUACAAUCCCGAGAGACGGCGACGUCUCAAUCAGCCGGAGAUUUUCCGUCACUGGAUCGAAGCCGAAGCUUCAUCUCCAUCUGAUUCCGGAGAGAGAUUCACGGUUGUAUCAUAUAACAUAUUGGGAGAUGCGAAUGCCUCGAAACACAGAGACCUAUAUUCAAAGAUUCCUUCUUAUUACAUGAACUGGGAGCGGCGCAAGAGGCUUAUCUGCGAGGAGCUCCUUGGAUUGAGACCUGAUAUAAUCUGUCUGCAGGAGGUGGAUCAUUACCAUGAUCUCUUAGGUAUCAUGGAGAAAGAAGGAUAUGAUGGUUCUUACAAGCGGCGAACGGGGGACUCAGUUGAUGGUUGUGCUAUGCUUUGGAAAGUUGAUACGUUUCGAUUAUUGGAGGAAGAGAGCAUUGAAUAUAAGGGAUUUGGUCUUCGUGAUAAUGUUGCUCAACUCUCUGUUUUUGAGAUGUGUAGGGCUGAUUCCAGAAGGGUAUUGGUUGGGAAUAUCCAUGUGCUUUUUAACCCAAGCCGAGGAGAAAUUAAGUUAGCACAAAUUCAUUUACUCUUGUCAAGGGCAAAUUUCCUCUCUGGGAAAUGGGGUAAUGUUCCAGUUGUGAUUACCGGAGAUUUCAACAGCACUCCUCAGAGUGCAAUCUACAAGUUCUUAUCAUCAUCAGAGCUCAACAUCACAUUAUAUGAUGGAAGAAAUUUAUCUGGGCAAAGGAACUGUCAUCCUGCCCAAUUUGCAGGCAUUGAAAGUCAAAUAAGGAGUCCACUUACUUUAAUGGAUGGAUUAUUGAAUAGUUGCUGGACCGAUGAAAAGCUAACAAUUGCAACUGGUAGUCCCAACGUCACUAUACUUAGACAUCCUUUGAAGCUGAAGAGCUCUUAUGCCAGUGUGAAGGCAUCUUCAAGGACAAGAGGUUUCUGUGGCGAGCCAUUAGCUACUACCUAUCACUUGAUGUUUCUUGGAACUGUAGACUAUAUCUGGUACACUGAGGGACUCAUCCCUACUAGAGUUCUAGACACUCCAACCAUUUAUAUUCUGCGGAAAACUGGUGGCCUUCCCUACAAGAGAUUGGCCAGCGAUCACUUGGCCUUGUUUACCGAGUUUACCUUCACACAAAAUAGAAGAGAAGACGAAACCAACGCAACAGAAAGAAAGACCACAGAAGCAGAUGAUGAAACCAAAACAAGAGAGAGAACAACAAUACAAGCAUCCACCACAGCAUCCAGAGAAGAUGGUGUUGUUCUCAACAACAUGGUUUUCAAAAAUGCUGCUUCACCACAAGCAUUUAGAAACACUAAAGGAAUUGUAUUCCUUGCAUUUGCUAUUAUUGUUGUCCUUUUCCUCUUGCAAAAAAAAGUGAAAAAAGGAAAUAUAGAAGCAACAAGAAGAAACCAUGGAAAUAUAUUUUCAAUAUGGAAUUUCGAUGGCAAGAUUGCAUCUGAGGACAUAAUUCAAGCAACAGAGGAUUUUGCUGCCAAAUAUUGCGUUGGAGCUGGGCCUUAUGGGAGUGUUUAUAAAGCAGUCCUACAUACAGGUCAUGUAGCAGCCUUGAAGAAGUUCCAUCCAUUGGAAGGUGAGGUGAUAGUUGAUGAAAGCUUUGGGAAUGAGAAGCGUAUAUUAAUAGAUAUCAGGCAUCAGAACAUUGUCAAACUUUAUGGAUUCUGCUCCCAUCCGCGAUACUUGGAACUUGAGGCUCAUGUAUCUGAUUUCGGUAUUGCAAGACUGUUAAGGCCAAACUCAUCUAAUUGGACGUCACUCAAAGGAACUCAUGAAUAUAUUGCUCCAGACUAUGAUCUGCCAUUGAUAAGUGGUUUUUAUUUCAGAUUAUUCAAUAGUUGCUGGACCGAUGAAAAGCUAACAAUUGCAACUGGUAGUCCCAACGUUACUAUACUUAGACAUCCUUUGAAACUGAAGAGCUCUUAUGCCAGUGUGAAGGCAUCUUCAAGGACAAGAGGUUUCUGUGGCGAGCCAUUAGCUACUACCUAUCACUCGAUGUUUCUUGGAACUGUAGACUAUCUCUGGUACACUGAGGGACUCAUCCCUACUAGAGUUCUAGACACUCCACCCAUUUAUAUUCUGCGGAAAACAGGUGGCCUUCCCUACAAGAGAUUGGCCAGCGAUCACUUGGCCUUGUUUACCGAGUUUACCUUCACACAAAAUAGAAGAGAAGACGAAACCAACACAACAGAAAGAAAGACCACAGAAGCAGAUGAUGAAACCAAAACAAGAGAAAGAACAACAAUACAAGCAUCCAUAUCAGUAAUGGAUUGUUUCAUUCAUAUCUUAGCAGUCUGA